AGGGCCGUGAAGGCGACGCGACGCGGGGCGGGCGCGGCGGUCGGGCUGACGGCGGCGGUUCUUCCCAGGGCGGCGGUGUUGCCGGCCGUGUCCCCUCGCUCUCAAAAUGGCGGACGGAGACGACAGCCCGCCCGCGGCGGGCGACCGGGUCGCCGCGCAGCCCCAGGAACGAGCUACGUGGUGUGAUGAAAGGUUCAACUUCCAAGCUACAUUUUUACAGUGCUUGGCAAAACAUGUGCCAAAUAUUUACUCAGCUGAAAUGGACCCCUUGCUGGAGAAACAAGAAGAAAUGGUCCAGGCAGCAAUAUUAUACCCCCUGGAAUGUUAUUUGUUUGGGGAAGACCCAGAUAUAUUCCUGGAAAAACUGCAACAGAGUGGAACCUCCCAGCUCUGUGGGAAGGUGUUCAAAGGAGGGGAGACAACAUACUCUUGCAGAGACUGUGCAGUUGAUCCCACUUGCGUACUCUGUAUGGACUGCUUCCAGAACAGCAUUCACAAGAACCACCGGUACAAGAUGCAUAGCUCCACUGGAGGUGGAUUUUGUGACUGUGGGGAUACAGAGGCAUGGAAGGCUGGACCGCUGUGUACUAAACAUGAGCCUGGAGCAUCAGGUUCUGCAAAAGAAAAUUCUGAAUGUCAGUUGAAUGAAGAAAUUAUGGAGCACUCUAGGAGGGUUUUUCCCUCCGUGAUAAAAUAUAUUGUAGAUAUGCUUAUAUGGGAAGAAGAGAAGGAACUGCCUCCGGAGCUCACAAUUAGCAGAGAGAAGGUGGACAGCUACUACUGUGUCCUUUUCAAUGAUGAACACCAUUCUUACGAUCAUGUCAUUUAUAGCCUACAAAGGGCACUUGGCUGCGAGCUCGGUGAAGCCCAGUUGCAUACUACUGCCAUAGAUAAAGAGGGUCGUAGAGCUGUUAAGGCAGGACAUUACACCUCUUGUCAGGAAGCAAAAGAAGAAAUCAAGAGGCAUUCUGAAAAUGUUUCUCAACGACCACUUCAUGUGGAGGUUCUGCAUGCUGAUGUUAUGGCUCACCAGAAGUUCGCCUUGCGUCUUGGUUCUUGGCUGAACAAACUCAUGAGCUAUUCAAGUGACUUUCGCCAGAUCUUUUGUCAAAUAUGUCUCGAAGAAGCUGGAUCUGAAAAGCCAUGCUUCAUAAGCAAGUUGAUGCUAUGGGAUGCAAAACUGCAUAAAGGGGCAAGAAAGGUUCUUCAUGAACUUAUCUUCAGUAGUUUUUUCAUGGAAAUGGAAUACAAAAAACUUUUUGCUGUGGAAUUUGUGAAGUAUUACAAGGCAUUGCAAAAAGAAUACAUCAGUGAUGAUCAUGAUAGAGUUCUCUCUGUGACAGCACUCUCAGUUCAGAUGUUCACCGUACCUACUCUGGCCCGACAUCUUAUUGAAGAACAAAAUGUAAUCACCACCAUUACAGAGACACUCCUAGAAGUGCUUCCAGAGUACCUAGACAAAAAUGACAAGUUCAACUUCCAAGGUUACAGUCAGGACAAACUGAACCGGGUAUAUGCAGUAAUAUAUGACCUCAGGUAUGUCUUAGUCAGCAAGCCUACCUUAUGGACAGACCGUCUGAGGGAGCGUUUUUUAGAAGGAUUUGUUUCUUUCCUAAGGAUUCUAACUUGCAUGCAGGGAAUGGAGGAGAUAAAAAGACAGAUUGGUCAGCACAUUGAAGUGGACCCUGACUGGGAAGCAGCUAUUGCAAUACAGAUGCAGCUCAAGAACAUCCUUUUGAUGUUCCAGGAGUGGUGUGCCUGUGAUGAAGAGCUGUUGCUCAGGGCCUACAGGGAAUGUCAUAAAGCUGUGAUGAGGUGCAGUACAAAUGGCCGCUCACGGGAGAAGACAGUGUUUCACUUGUGUGGCCAUACUCUGGAGAGCAGACCUUACAGAGUGUCUGCAGAUCCUGUCAGCAUACAUUUACCACUGUCUAGGACUCUUGCUGGUCUUCACGUAAGAUUAAGCAAGACUGGAACCAUCUCAAGAUUGCAUGAGUUUGUUUCUCCUGAAGAAUUUCAAGUGGAGCUGCUGGUAGAAUAUCCUUUGCGAUGUCUUGUCUUGGUUGCUCAGGUUGCUGCAGAGAUGUGGAGAAGGAAUGGGCUCUCCCUGAUAAGCCAGGUAUUCUAUUAUCAAGAUGUUAAAUGCAGAGAAGAGAUGUAUGAUAAAGACAUCAUCAUGCUCCAGAUAGGUGCAUCUCUUAUGGAUCCAAACCAGUUCCUCCUGCUGAUACUGCAGAGAUACGAGCUUGCUGAUGCUUUCAAAAAGAUCAAGCCCACCAAAGAUCAGGAUUUGAUCAAACAAUGUAAUGUGUUAAUAGAAGAGAUGCUACAGAUUCUCAUCUAUGUUGUGGGGGAAAGAUAUGUGCCUGGAGUGAGUAAUGUGACAAAAGAAGAUGUUACCAUGAGAGAAAUCAUCCAUCUGUUAUGUAUCGAACCAAUGGCUCACAGUGCAAUUACCAAGUCUUUGCCUGAAAAUGAGAACAAUGAAACUGGCUUGGAGAAUGUCAUUGAUAAAGUGGCUACAUUUAAGAAACCAGGUGUAUCUGGGCAUGGAGUUUAUGAACUGAAAGAUGAAUGCUUGAAGGAGUUCAAUAUGUUCUUUUAUCACUAUACUAAGACCCAGCACAGCAAGGCUGAACAUACACAAAAGAAAAGAAGAAAACAAGAAAACAGAGAUGAAGCAUUGCCACCACCUCCUCCUCCAGACUUCAGUCCUGCAUUUAGCAAUGUGGUGAGGAUUCUGAACUGUGACGUUAUGAUGCACAUACUGCGGACCAUUCUUCAGAGAGCUGUAGAGCUGGAAACCCAUUUGUGGACUGAAGCUAUGAUCCAAAUGGUGCUUCAUCUCCUUUCUUUAGGGAUACUAGAAGAGAAGCAGCAGUUACAAAAGUCUCCAGAAGAAGAAGUAACCUUUGAUUUUUAUCACAAAGCAACACGAAUGGGAAGCUCAGCCUUGAAUGCUGUGAAUGUGUUAAUGCUUCUGGAAAAAAUAAAGAGAGUUCCUCAGUUAGAGGCACAGAAGGAUACAGUCAGUUGGAUACUGCAGAUGUUUGACACAGUGAAAAGACUGAGAGAAAAAUGUAGUUUGACAACAGUAGCAGCUACAUCAGGCUCAGAAGCUACAAAAGGUGAUGAGACACAGAGCAGCCAGGAUAAAGAGAAAGCUGAGCGGAAGAGAAAGGCAGAAGCAGCCAGGUUACACCGUCAGAAGAUAAUGGCCCAGAUGUCUGCACUGCAGAGGAAUUUCAUUGAAACCCAUAAGCUCCUGUAUGAAAACACACUAGAGGCACAGGGGAAGGAAGAUGCCAUUAUGGAGGAAGAAAGCAUGUCUUCGGCAAUUGAUUACUCCAGAAUUGCUUUGGGUCCCAAACGAGGUCCAUCUGUUGCUGAGAAAGAAGUUCUGACCUGUAUUCUUUGUCAGGAAGAACAGGAAGUAAAGUUGGAAAGUGCUGCCAUGGUAUUAUCUGCCUGUGUCCAGAAAUCAACUGCCUUAACUCAGAGGAGGAGCAGAAUUCCUGAACUCUCAGGGGAUACCCUAGAUCCUCUCUUCAUGCACCCUGACUUACCUUGUGGGACGCACACAGGAAGCUGUGGUCAUGUGAUGCAUGCAGCCUGCUGGCAGAAGUACUUUGAAGCCAUGCAGCUGAACUUCCGACAACGUCUGCAUGUUGAGCAGAUAUUUGACUUGGAGAAUGGAGAGUAUCUUUGUCCACUUUGCAAAUCCCUGUGCAAUACUGUGAUUCCCGUUGUUCCAUUGCAAGCUCAAAAAAUAAACAGUGAGGAUGCAGAGGCAGUAGCUCAGAUUCUGUCCCUGGCUAGGUGGCUGGAGAUUAUCAUAGUCAGAAUAUCAGGCUACAGUGUGAAAAAUGCUAAAGGAGAGAAACAAAAUCUUCUAGCUUUUGCCAACAAGGGAAUGGGGAACUCUGCUUUGGAAUUCCAUUCCAUCCUUAGUUUUGGAGUUCAGUCCUCAGCCAAGUACUCAAGCAGUAUCAAGGAGAUGCUUAUUCUCUUUGCCACCACCAUUUAUAGAGUUGGACUAAAAGUUGCUCCAAAUGAAGCUGAUCACCGGAUUCCUAUGAUGACCUGGAGCACAUGUGCUUUUACCAUCCAGUGUAUAGAAAACCUCUUGGAAACAGAGGGCAAGCCUUUAUUUGGAUCUCUGCAAAAUAGACAGCACAGUGGCCUUAAAGCAUUAGUGCAGUUUGCAGCUGCUCAGAGAACAACAUCACCACAGGUCCUGAUUCAGAAACAUCUGAUUCGUCUUCUAGGAGUUCUUCUACCAAACUUUAAAGUGGAGGACACUCCAUCCCUCUUAGAAGUAGAUAUGUUCCACAUUUUGGUGGGAGUUGUGUUAUCCUUUCCAUCUUUGUACUGGGAGGAUGCUGUAGACUUGCAACCUUCAUCAAUUAGUUCAGCCUAUAACCACCUCUACCUCUUCCAUCUGACAACACUGGCACAUAUAACACAAAUCGUCAUCUCUUCAGCAACAGAAUCCCUUACUGCUCAAACAUCUGACAACAGUGAGGAGGCACGGUCUGCACAGUCUUUCUGUAGAGAGGUUUGUCAGUACACCAGUGGUUGCUUUAGUCAGGAUAUUCCAGGCUGGCUUGUGUGGGAUUGUGUUAAAAAAGGCAUCAUGCCUUACCUUCGUUGUGCUGCUUUAUUUUUUCAUUAUUUGCUGGGAGUUUCUCCACCUGAGGAACUACUACAAGUUUCUGAAGAAGGUCAAUUCAAGGCACUUUGUGGUUACCUCUCUUUACCUUCUAAUUUGUUCCUGCUCUUCCAGGAAUAUUGGGAUACAGUAAAUCCACUGCUUCAAAGGUGGUGUGCUGACCCGGUGGUGUUAAGUUGUUUGAAGGGCAAAAGCAUUGCAGUAAGGUAUCCUAGGAAAAGGAAUAGUUUAAUAGAGCUUCCCGAAGACUAUAGCUGCCUUCUGAACCAAGCCUCUCAGUUUAGAUGCCCGCGGUCUUCUGAUGAUGAACAAAAACAUCCAGUACUGUGUUUAUUCUGUGGGGCUAUGUUGUGUUCCCAGAAUACUUGCUGUCAGGAGCUGGUGAAUGGGGAGGAGUUAGGAGCCUGUACUUCUCAUGCUCUUCAGUGUGGAGCUGGAGUCUGUAUGUUUCUCAAAAUCCGGGAAUGCAAAGUUGUCCUCAUUGAAGGUAAAACCAGGGGCUGCUUAUAUCCUGCCCCCUACUUGGAUGAAUAUGGAGAAACAGAUCCAGGUCUGAAAAGAGGCAAUCCCCUGCACUUAUGUCGGGAGCGUUACCGGAAGCUGCAUCUGCUGUGGCAGCAACACUGCAUCAUAGAGGAGAUUGCCAGAAGCCAAGAAACUAAUCAGAUCUUCUUUGGAUUCAACUGGCAACUGCUCUGAGUCUCUUGGUUUUUAGUGAAAACUCAUACCUUUGGCAGUGCUUUGAAAAAGGAAAGGGGGGUGGCAGUUGAUAAUCUACUCUCAAGUGGAUUUUGUAGUUCAGACACAAUUGAUGGAUUCUCUAGGUUGGAUGUAUUACGGAUACAUUGAAACAAAAUCUCACAUCAUAUGUUUUGCUCUUUUCCCCUGCCCAUGACCAUAUUAUAUAAUUAUUACUGAGCAUUCAGGUCCAGAAAUAUUCCCACUUUUUUGAGAAGUUGUAGUUGUUUCACAUGUUUUGACGAGGACAGCUUCCCAAAUGCUGUGCUUCAGGGCACAUACUAUAUUUCUCUCUCUUCCAUGCCUUGAGAAUAUACCUGAAUGGUGUUGAUGGAAAAGCCUCCUUUACUUCCUUUCUGGGUUCUUUUCCCAAGCUUAGUGAAGCUUUUAAAUAGGUCAAGAUCAGUGGCAUAAUAUUGGAGUGGAAGUGGUGCUAGGCCUUUAGGAAUCUGUAGCAACAGGUACACGAAACAUUAAGUUGUACAGAAAAAGCCUGUGUUCAGCUAUAUCCUGGGGUUUAAUGAAGAGUUUUCAAUACUGAGCUCUUUAAAGAAGUGUGGGAUAGAAAGUGCAUGGGGGAAUGACCAUCUUGCUUGUUGCAUCAAAAAAAAUGAAGUCUGCGCUUUUUGCAUUGCCAGAACUGCACUUUAUCUAAUGAUUUUGUCCUAUUAAUGUUGUAUAUCCUAAGAGGUCUAGGGCUAUACCAUUUGGCUAAUUUGUGGUUAGUUUUACUACUUCUACAGUUUGUCUUCUGAGGUUUUCCCCAAGAACUAAAUGUAAAAAUACUGUUAGGUAGUUAUAGUGUAGCUCUGCAAAUUAUACAAGAGCCAGAGACUUCAAAGUAGACAACCUUCAAAGCUACCACUGGACUAAAAUAAAAGCCCAAAAGCAGCAAGCUGUAGAAUCAGAAAUAACUUUGUCCAUAUCUGAGGAAUUUUCUACUAUCAUCCUCUGUCGCUGUUUGGAGCCCUGCCUGCAUAAAUGAAAUUGUGUGUUUUGGGGGCGUGUUUAGUGGAUCAGUGCCAGUUAGAGCAGAAAAGGGAAAAAAGGGUGGCUGAGUCUGUCUCUUUGACCUUCAGUAGUUAAUAGCCCAUUGUGAUUGAACUCUCUCUCAAUGAUACAUGAUUGUGCUUCAGUUCUAAAUGUUUGUUGUUCUGUUUUCAGAAUUUCAACCAUAAUACACAUGAGAGAAUUUGUAAUGUGAUGGGUAGAAAUGCUCUCGCAGGAAAUCCAAUUUCUUUGUGAAAGUUUGAAGUUGUCAGUACUCUAAAUUUCCCUACCCAUUUGCUAUUUGGACUAUUUUGUGUCAUUUUAAUAUGGCCUGCAAGGGGAGGUUUUUAAAUUAAUGUCUGAGAGGGUGUUUUUGCAUGAUUUCUUUUCGUUUUAUGGUUGGUUGGUUGUUUUUCCCUACUGACUGUAUGAGAGAUAGUAGAAUCACAAAUAAUGAUUUAGAUUUAAGUAUCAUUGUUCUCCUAGUUUUUAAAGUUUUUAGAGUACGUAUGAGUGCACUGAACAGCACCAUAACUCAUUUAAAAAUGGAAUACCAUUGAAUUCAGAUAUUGUUCUGAUUUCAAAUACUUUUUUAUAACUUUCACUAUAAUCCUUCUGCUGAUAUAAAUAGUUGGAUUUGGUAUAUUUUUCAGGUAUUCUGUUUCUUGCAAUCAAGACCAUUCUCCAUAUUUUGAUUCUUUCAUAUUUUAAACCUGAAUAUGAAACUCUUUUAAAGACAAACAUUAAUUCUGUUAGUCUUCUCAAAAAUGUAUUUGAAAUGUGUACUGAAUUUACAAGAACAGUUGUCAUGAAAACUUGCAUGCACUGGCGAUUUCUAAGGUCAUCAAAACACUUCUUACCAACAAAAAUAUUGGAUUAAGACUAGCAAAUGUAUGCCUCAUUGAUACCAAAACUGUAUUUGCUUACUGUUUCCCUCUGGUAUUUAUCUAUUCAUUUAUCAGAAACUUUCAGUUACCUUGCAUUUCACUGAUACAAGAAUUCCGUUAUCAUUUUAUUUUAUUUUCUGUCUGAACUGUAGUGUAUAAGGACAGGAGCUGGUUUGAGCCAGGUGAGCUCAUGUUUAAAGCUCUAGAAAUCUCUUUGUAGCUGAAGAAGUGGGAGUGGAAAGUUGCAUCUUUCUGUAUGUUUACACAUACUAAUUUAGCAAACGGGCUCCCAUAUCAUUCACCGACUAGUGUGGUCAUCUUUCAUUUCAUAAAUUACUAUGCAGUUUUGUUCACUGUGAGUAUAAUCUGUAUUUAGUGAUUGCAGGAUGCUUAUGCCACUGAUUUCUGUUCCAUCCAAGCUGACAGAAGAAGUUAUUUGAUAAUGCACAUAUUGGUAUCUUUAAUUGCAAAAAUGUAAAUUUGAAACUUGUAUAAUGUUCUUGUGCUUUUGAAAUAAAAUAUCUUGUAUAUGUAUAUUUAAAAAAAGAAAUAAAGUAACUUCUCAUAGAUUAUUCAAUUUUUAUUUGGAGGCACUUUGAAACUGAAACCAGUUAAUUUUACAAGAGCAUUAUAGCAGCGUCUGUCAGUAUGGAAAAAGGGGGAAGUGUUAGUAAAUGGUUGGUAAACAAUGGCAGUUAUCCCUGUAGUCCAUGUCAUCAUUGUACCAGUCAGUAAUGGUGGCACACUUAUUUAAAGAAAUACUCCAUGUGAAACUUGUCCUAGUAUUUUACAGAUGCAAAUUCCUGCAGUGUCUACCUCAAUUUGUAAAAGAAGUCUUAGUACAGAAUUUAAUAUUUAGAUGUCAUUAAGCUGAUGAGUGAUUUUGGUUUUGUAGCUUCUCAAAGAAUGGGCUGUACUAUCUGUCAGGGACUUAACCUCUAGAAAAGGAAAGUUUGUGGUGUUGGUCUAAUGUGCUGUGAUACGUAUUUAAAAAAAAAAAAAAAAAGGUGUUUUAUUACAGAGCUAAGCAAACAGCCAAGAAGUCUUUUACAUGGAAAUGGCCAGUACUUAGUGCCCUUUUUUAUGUUACAGGCUGCUGGCUGUCAUCACUUUCUCAUUGCUUUCUUGUAGCUGUGGGUACCAUUAAGCUUACAGAAUUUGGGUAUUAAUGGUGUUGCUCUGUAUGCUUAUUCUUUUAAGAACCAAUUCCUGAAAAGAUAAAAGGUAAUGGUACAUAGAUUAAAGUCUACUAGCAAAAAUGUUCUGAAGAACAUUAGAAGAAGCAGCCCAUUCAUUAGGGGAGGGGAAAAAAAAAAAAGAGAAUAAGAGGGAAAAACCCACAGCACCAUUUCUUGCGUAGUAAGAAUUUCAGGGUGCCAUGUACAAAUGUACAAAAUUAUAUAGAGGAGGAUCUUGGCCAUCAUAUGCUUUGCUUUAUGGAUGAAAUCCACUUCAUAUUCUAGACAAUAUCCUUGAAUAAUCUCUAUUGUAAACUAGUCAGAUUUGUGUUACAUCAUCUGAGCUUUUAGAUUCUUUUAACCUAAUACUUGAAAAGAUCUUCAAAGUUCUUUCUACAAAAAUGAAAGUUGUUUAAUUUCUCUGGCAGAAUCUCUUUCAUUUGUUUUUAUCUGUGUUUUGCAGGUAGGCUAAAUUUGGGGUUUGAUACAGAAAACAAAUGGGUAACUCUGAAAAUCCACUCCUUUGCAAGUCUCUCAAAUCCAGUUAUGUCUAAUCUCAGCUACAUUUCUCUAAAGUUGCAUUCAGUAGGGUCGAAAGGGUACAUGAAAGAGAAGCUGUGUAAAGGAAAUGUGUAUUGAAGGAGAGCAAGCUGAAAUUCAAUUAUAGACAUUAUUUCAUGUAAUGGUAAGAGGAGACCAGGUAUAAAGUUGAACAUGAAACAUUAAAACUUGACCUGAGUUUUCUUAUAACUUCUGUGUGGCUAUUGUUCAUGAGGUCAAUGUCAAAAAAAGGAGGAUAGUUUGUGUCUUCAAGUUACAGGUUGUCAAACAAUUUAGAAUCCAUCAGACUUCAUUUUAGGAAGUUUCUAGGCUUCAUGCUGGAGUGAGUGAGCCUCAACAAAAUGUUGUGAAGCGGGUAGUGGAGACUGUGGGCUUCAUGAUCAUUUCAAGUCCUUGCUAUAUUUGUGAGGAUCAGAGGAAGCCUGAGGAAUAAUCUACUCUAGAUGGUAAAAAGCCUCCAGUGUUCUUUCAUGCGGUUUUUCUUCCUGUGAAUCAUGCCAACCUUUACUAAAAGUGGGAAAAGCAAUGUAUCUCAAUCUUGUGGUACUGCAAAUGAUCUAGCAACAUUUAUUUUCCCAAUUCAGACUUUUACAGAACUUCAUUGAGCGAUUGGAGCUACAUACUCCAGGCAGUCUGCCUCAGUUAAUUGGCAUGUAGGAGCAUCAUCCAUGUAAGUGAUGGUGUCCUCAUAAAUAAAGACUCCACCUGUGUUCUGUGAGCUUUACACCUUUGUGAUUCUUUGCCAAACUACGGAGUAUGCAUGCAGAGCCAGAAGUGCUCCCAUAGUGGGAAACUGAUACAAAGCACAUGUGUAGGAAAUUAUUUGUAAGAUUUUAAAUACCGUGAGUCUUGUGUCGGAGAGAACUGUAUGAUUGUAUACAAUUUAAAAAAACAAACAAACAAAAGUUUGCAGAAGGGAGGUUUCUAGCUUCUAAGGAAAUGUUCUGUGUUCAAUUUUUAAUAUAAAUGAAACUAAAUGUGCUGUAUUAGUAUAUUUCUUAUUUUUUCAUUAUCGUCAAUAUAGAGCAACUGUUUCAAUAUUAAUGAGAAAGAUUUAAAGAAAGAGCAUCGUAAUUGCAAUUUCUACAGGAACUGUCAUAGUGCCUUCAUCGGAAACUGAACAAGAAAGUGUUUCAGGUUUUUCUAUGAAGAACUUCAUGUAGAAGAUAGUUUUGUGCAUAGGUGAGUUCCUUACUCCGGAAGUUGCUGUUGCACAAAUGUAUUGUUAUUAAUUCUGACUGGAUUAAGCAUUAAUAACAUGUAGGAUAAGGAGCAUCCCCCAAAUCGUAUUUAUUUCUGUAUCUGAGCAGAUGCUCUGGCUUAAAGGCUUGGCUUGCUAAUGCCAUCUUUGUCUUUAUAAAUUACGAAGAAUUAAAGAUGGAGUCUGCUGCUA